AUGAUAAUGGAUUCAUGGAUUAUUUAUCCCUUGGUCUUUCUAUUAUGGAGUCAAGUCUGCUUGUGCACUAACCAACAAAAUUCUACAACAAAAUUCAAGAACUACACGGACAUAGCGCUGGGAUUCUUGAAGAACUAUGAAGUUCAGGCAACAAAGAUUUACUCUGGGGAGAGCGAAGCCACUUGGAAUUAUGAAACGGACUUAACCGAGAACAACAGGAAACUCUCCGUUUUCAACGCGACUUUCGCUAAAGCGUUCAGUGUGACUGCCAGCAAAAAUGCUUCUCUCAUUAAAGAUGUCGACUUAUCAAACGAUAUGGCACGCCAAAUUAGGAUAAUUCGCCGUAACGCCCUUCCUAAAUCACCAACAGACAUGAAGUCAAUAGAUGACCUUAUUUCAAAUAUGACUAAUAUUUAUAGCAGUGGAAAAUUAUGUACGAAAAAUGAAUAUACCAACAAAACCCGCUGCUUCGAACUCGAUCCAGACCUCAAUGAUUUAAUGGCGAAGUCACGUGAUUACGAUGAGUUGUUAUGGGGUUGGAAAAGCUGGCGAGACAAGGUUGGUCCUCCGAUGAGACCGCUUUACGAAAAACUUGUUGUCCUUCUAAAUUCCGGAGCUCGUGAACAUGAAUGGGGAGACUACGGAAAUUUUCAACGAAGCGAAUAUGAAAUGGGAAAUGACUUUCAAACAGCUAUCAAGAGGUUGUGGAAUGAAGUCAGGAUGUUAUACCAGGAACUGCAUGCUUAUGUGAGGUACAAAUUACACGAGAAGUAUCCUCAAGUGCCGGUGAAUGGGAGCAUCCAGGCCCAUCUCUUAGGGAACAUGUGGGCCCAGGAAUGGAGUUUAAUCUACGACAUUGUAAAACCCUUUCCAAAAGUUCCAUCACUGGAUGUUACACCGAACUUAAUCAAGCAGCAGUACACUCCCAAAAAGAUGUUUAAACUUGCGCAGUCGUUUUUUGUUUCCUUAGGUCUAGAUCCAAUGCCGCAGACGUUUUGGAAUAAAUCCGUUAUCAGAAAACCUAAGGGAAAACAGAUGGUCUGUCACCCAUCGGCCUGGGACUUCUGCAAAGGAGAUGUUCGGUAAGGCGAAACAAAAUAAGUUUCUUCCAGUCAAACUCGACUGACCAGAUAGCUGACUGAUUGACUGACUGACUGGCUGACUGACUUAAUGACUGACAGACUGACAGACUGACAGACUGACAGACUGACAGACUGACAGACUGACAGACUGACAGACUGACAGACUGACAGACUGACAGACUGACAGACUGACAGAUGACUGACAGACUGACAGACUGACAGACUGACAGACUGACUUAAUGACUGACAGACUGACAGAUGACAGACUGACAGACUGGGUGACUGACUGACUGACUCAUUCACAGACUCAUUCACACAUUCACUGACCGGCUGCCUAGGGUACUAACGAACCGACUACGUCAGUGAUUUCUUUCUGACUGACUGAAAUACAGAAUGAACAAAUGAACGAAUGAGCAAGCGGGCGAGCGGGCGAGCGGGCGAGCGGGCGAGCGGGCGAGCGGGCGAGCGGGCGAGCGGGCGAGCGGGCGAGCGGGCGAGCGGGCGAGCGGGCGAGCGGGCGAGCGGGCGAGCGGGCGAGCGGGCGAGCGGGCGAGCGGGCGAGUGGGCGAGUGGGCGAGUGGGCGAGCUAGCAAACGAGUGAAUGGAUGACUUCAUAAAUGAACACAUGAAGAAGGGAAGUACUUGAUGAAUCCAUAAAUUGAUAUCCUUGUUUAACCAAUGGAUUGAUGUGUUUUGGUUUCGAGCAGAUCGUUGUGUACUUUUUACUUAACAAACCUAAACAGCUUAAAAAUAGGUGAAUGAAUUUUGUUACUACAGAAUAAAGAUGUGCACCGGAAUGACUCAGGAACAUUUGAUAACAAUUCACCAUGAGAUGGGACAUUGUGAAUAUGAUCUCGCAUACAAAGACCUCCCGUAUGCCUACAGAAGUGGUGCCAAUCCGGGAUUUCAUGAGGCUAUAGGAGAUACAAUUGCACUCUCAGUGGAAAACCCAAAGCAUCUUAAGUCCGUGGGACUACUGUACACGGUUGGAAAUGAUACAGGCAAGCAAGUUCUUUGAACUCUUUAGGUUUGAUCUGAAAGACGCAGAGGGGCUUGAAGCAGAGUGAUCUGCGUUGUACUGGACGUGUAUUUAACCCUACGAGUCAUUAUUGAUUUAAUUUCCCAUGCUUUUAUUAAACUUAGCUGCUAUCCAAGAAUAAGCUAACAGGCACUAUAAAUAUGUUCCUGAGGAAAUUUAUCAUUUUGUCUGAAAAAGAAAAUUCUAAAGACACUUUACUUCCCUGUCGUCAACAUGCUGUGAAAACCUACAUGAGUAUUUGUUAACGUUGUUAUUGCAGAGGCGGACGUAAACUUUUUGAUGAUGCAAGCAUUACGCCGUGUAGCUCCCCUUCCUUUCACAUUACUUGUCGACCAGUGGAGAUGGAAGGUGUUCUCCGGAAGGAUCACACCUUCAAACUACAAUUCAGAGUGGUGGCGAUUGCGUAUGCAUUACCAAGGUGUCAUGUCACCAGUCCCUCGGACGGAGAAGGACUUUGACCCGGGGGCUAAGUAUCACGUGGGAGCCAAUUACCCUUACAUCAGGUGAUGCACAAUUAAUAUAUAGGAUGCAUCAUAGUUCAGCCUCAAAAGCCAAAACUGAAAGUGAUCACUACAACCAGUCAGAACAGAGGAAAAUGUCACGAGCAGCUAAACUGUCUAAAGCGGGGGAAAACGCGGGUGACCGAGUCGCGGUUGGUUUUGGUUUUGUAUUUGAUUGAUCGAGAGAAUGGCUCAAGUUUUUUAGAUCAAUUACGGAGCGAAGUGAUGCAAAACCAGUCCAAACCCGGUUUACCAACUGAAUUGAUAAUGUGAUUUUUUUCUAAAGCUAAAGUUUCGAACGUUAGCCCUUCGUCAGAGCUGUCAUCCGAAACGCUCUAAAUUAACUGAAAAUUGUCAACAGCUUUAGUUUUUAAGGAAAAGGCUACUGAGUUUCAGUCGCUACUAGCUGUGACCGAAAGGUAACCAGUUGCAGUUCUCGGCCGCCAGGUUUUUUCUAAUAAACGCACAUCGAGCGCUAAUCAAAAGUCCGGCAAACAGCGACUUUUCAUCGAGGCACUUAUUUGAGGUAACGUUCAAAUGAUUGUUUCAUUUUUUAUGCUAAAUCUAUUAUUUUGCUAUUUUUGUAUACAGCUAUUUCGUGUCACUGAUCCUCCAAUUUCAAUUCCACCGCUCUCUUUGUAAAAUUGCUAAGCGCGAAGGGAGUCUACAUGAAUGUUCAAUCUACAAGUCAAAAGAAGCAGGCCAAAAAUUCAGGUACAGUCCGUCAAUUCAUAAGUUAGUCCAGUAUGAAAACACAAUGAUAGAGGAUCUACAGAAAACAGAACUCUCAAUUUGGUGGCAUAACGAAGGGAUAUACCCUAAUGUUUUUUAAAUUCAAAUAAUAUCCUCAAAAUUUCAAGUUUCCUUCGAAAUUCGAUUCCCAAAACACAGAUGUCAGACAAUCUAGACGCCUAAGACAUUGAUUACCUUCAGGACUUUUUGAGAUGAAUAAAUUCACCAUAUUUUGAGGAAAUUUGUAAUAAGAGCUGAUUUCUGAUGUUGAUUGGGCGCUGUGUCGAUGUAAGAUUAAACUUAAGAUUUAAUCUAUACUGAAUUUACAACAGUACCGCUCGAUCUGCUUAUCAUUUUUAUCCCUCUCUGAAGAGACAUGCUCGCCGCCGGACGUAGCCGCCCAUGGCCCCAGACCCUUUACCACUUAACAGGCGAGCGCGAGAUGACAGCCAGCGCCAUAUUGGAGUAUUUUGCCCCUUUACAACAAUGGCUCGUCAAGUAUCGCCUGGAAAAGGGAUAUACUAUUGGUUGGAAGAAACGGAAGAUGGUUCCAAGUCCAGUAGUAAAUGGUGCCAGAAAAACAUUAUCAUCUACAAAGUCGAAUUCAUCCAUCACAAAACCUCAAGUGCUCCUUAAUAAAACCCGGUCAGACCUUACAGAGAAAGGUUCAAAACCAGGCAACAAUAAUGGAACUGUCGAUGUAUCAUUUCCAGAAGUCAAGAAAAAUGACGAUGCCAUUAAUUUAGGCAAACCAGAUUUAAAAGCUGCCUUGGCAGCCAUGGGGCCAGUACUAAAAACAUCAGAAGAAAACUCAGGCAAAGAUAAGUCACUCCUUGACCCUAAGUCUGACAUCUUAGGGGCUAAGCCAAUGUUUGUUCCUAAUAAAAUCAAAGAUCAAUUAGUGUUAGGUUAGUUGUUCCGGGGUUCCGUCUGGCUUGUGAAAUGUUGUGCGAUCUUUUUUUUCCAUCAGAAUUAAGGUUGCAAAGAUGCAAACCCUUAUUUUGUCGGAAUGACUUUCAUUUCGAUAAAAUUUUAGAUCAAAUAUUUGAUUGUGAAACAGAGAAGUAGCCGUGAAACCGAUCAUAGUCGGAAAGAACUAGGUCAAAAAGUGUUUUGCGCAGCCCAACAUCAAGUAGAUUUUCUCCAAUUCCCCAUUCGCCUUAGUAAGGACUGAAGGCGUUGGGACCGAGCCCUAUGUACUAUUGGCUGAGCCAAUAUACGGAUCAAGAGACUAACACACGCGUUGGUUCCUCAGAAAUGGUACAGGGAGGAUGAUUGUUUACCACUCACGCAAAUAAGUACAAAAAUUUCCCGUAAAUUUAUUACGUAAAAAAUAAUUUUGUAAAAUAAUAUUCUUAACAAUAAAGUGCUUGC